UCAGUGUCUGGUGAUGAAUUUCCGCACAAAUCAUUAUCACUCAAUUCUGCAAGUGGUUCUAAUUUACUAUUGCUGUUCUCUAGCUGGUCUAAAACCGCUUUUGACCUAAAGGGACGCUUUUUGGACGCCAUGGAUGUUUCUCAGUUUCCAGGCAGAAAGAACAGUAAAAAUGCAGGCAGGGCACAGUAAUACACAGUUGAUACAGUAAUGUUAUACUAUGAGAUUUUAGUGUAUUGAGACAGUAAUGUUUUACUAUGUGAUUUUAGUGUAUUUUGUGAAUGUCACUUUUUGACAUUUUUAAAUUUCUCGCCAGUUCCAUCCCCGUACGUCCUGACGUCGCAGGGAACGGAACCCAGAAGACGGAUGCCGGCAUCGGCCAGAGGACAUUGCAGUGUCCCACUGCAGGGGGGACA